GAUGAUUUAACCUGUCAAUGACAGUUUUUCCUGCCCUGCUCCUUUCACAGCUGAUUUUCUUCUGAAGUACUUGAACGUUUUCGUUUCUUUGGCUUUUUUUGGAGAGGAAGGUCACGCAAGUGGAUGUUUAAAAAUAAGGGGUGUUCUCGGACCUUCUUGGCUACUGGGAAGUAGCCAAGCUGCCCAAGUAAUCCUUGGGAAAAUGAACAAAAGCAGAGGAAAAUGAGCAAAAGCUGGACAGACAGCUCAAGUAUCUUCUCUGACCUGAAUGCAGAAGGGGGAGGAAGGCUACUUUUCAAAAGUAUCCAAUUUUGGUCAAAUCCAAAAUCCUCCCAGAGGAGCGGGAACGUUGCUCGGACACUUGCUGGCUUUGGGGCCAUAAAACAGCUUGCAAGGCCUGUUAGCUGCUCUGUAGGCCACAAGAGUUCAUAAGUAAAAAAUUAAACAAGUCUCUUUGUAAAUACUUAAAUAAUUUCUCUUUGGAUACAGUUGUCCUACAUAGUUGAUAAAAACAGGGAGAAGGCUUCCGAGCAUUGGUAGAAGGAGUGGAAGAGGAUAAUCUCCAAACUCAAAAGCGUGACUAUGAAGGGUUUCUGUGUUCUUUGCUGUUGCCUGCGGAAUCUCGAAUCUCUGCCUUUGCCUUGAGAGCCUUCAAUGUGGAACUGGCUCAGGCAGGUGGCCAGAAACUGCCAGUGCAACCAGGAACGUUGGUAGCACUUGCCAGAAAGCUGCGAUCCAGGGAACGUGCUGAACAAGCAAAAUCCCAGAGGGGCUUCUGUGAGGUGCACUUCUGGCAGCCUGUGGUGCCUGCCCUCGCUGCUGUUGCCACUGUUUAUUUUCCUUUUGGGAAGAAAGCCAAAAUUAAAGACUCCAUAACUCAGAAGACUACAGGUUUGAUGCGAAUGCAGUUCUGGAGGGAGGCUGUGGAAGCUAUAUACUGCGAUAACCCACCUCAUCAGCCAGUUGCUACAGAACUGUGGAGGGCUGUCAAGCGGCAUAACUUGACUAAAAUGUGGUUAAUGAAGAUAGUUGAUGAAAGAGAGAAGAAUUUGGAUGAUAAGGCAUACCGCAACAUCCAGGAGCUUGAAGCAUAUGCUGAGAAUACUCAGAGUGCUCUCUUGUACCUCACCUUGGAAAUGCUGGGUGUGAGGGACAUCCAUGCUGACCAUGCAGCCAGUCACAUUGGGAAAGCCAAAGGCAUAGUUACCUGUUUAAGAGCAACACCCUAUCAUAGUACAAGGCAAAAAGUUUUUAUUCCCAUGGACAUUUGUAUGUUGCAUGGAGUUUCACAAGAGGAUUUCAUAAGAGGCAAGCAAGAAAAAAAUGUGAGAGAUGUAAUUUAUGACAUUGCCAGCCAGGCCCAUAUUCAUCUAGAACAUGCUAGAUCUUUCAGUAAGAAAGUUCCUGUGAAGGCAUUCCCUGCUUUCUUCUGUACGGUUGCUUUAGAUGAUUAUUUAUGUAAUUUACAAAAAACGGACUUCAAUAUAUUUCAUCCAAGCUUACAAAAGAAGAAUACAUUAUUACCGUUGCGUUUAUAUGUUAGAUCUUGGAAAAAAACAUAUUAAAGUUUUUUUAAGCAUG